AUGUUGGUCCAAGCCAAAAACAUCCUUUCCAAGGUUUUCGUCGCAAAAGACCUGUCGGAACAAGAACUAGCCAGAGCCGAAAGCUUGUUGGAAAACGGACAAUCUCCGUAUGGCUCGACUGAUAGCGCAGACCGCGGACAAGAGGUUGCCGCCGAAGAGGCUGUCAUCAAUGCUAAAAACUCGAGCGAUGACGAUGAGGAAGAUAACAACACCGGUUUUUUCCUGAAGUUCGAUCCACGUGUGAUGAGUGACAUCAUUAUUGGUCUUUCGGACGGAUUGACUGUUCCAUUUGCAUUGACGGCCGGAUUGUCCUCUUUGGGCUCUUCGAAGCUUGUUAUCACCGGUGGUUUGGCAGAGUUGGUUUCCGGUGCUAUUUCCAUGGGUCUUGGUGGCUACUUGGCCGCGAAGAGUGAAUUGGAUUACUACAAGAGUGAAGUGAAGAAGGAAAAGUUGGAGUUCUUCAAGAAACCAGAGUUGGUCAACCAAGAUGCGGCCCAGAUUAUGUUUGAGCUCGGCGCGUCCGAAAGUACCAUUGUCUCCUUUUUGAAAGACUUGGACUCCAAGCCAAAAAAUCUCAUUGAUUUCGUCAUCAGAUUCGGGAAGGGUUUGGACGAGCCCGCCGAAGGAAGAGAAUUCACCUCUGCAUUGACCAUCGGUCUGGGUUACUUUCUUGGAGGCUUUGUUCCAUUGGUACCAUACUUCUUCUGCGACGUUGUGAGGACCGGACUCAUCGUUUCCGUGGCAGUAAUGAUCAUCACGUUGUUCGUAUUCGGCUAUGUGAAAACCAUUGUAUCUUUGGGCGACGACUGUGGGACGCAUCGUAAGGUCCUCGAAGGUUUUCAAAUGGUGAUCAUUGGGUCGGUUGCUGCCGGUUCUGCAUGGACUUUGGUGUACCUCAUUGAUUCGUGA